UGUGAUCGUUUAGUUCAAGGCUCAGUACAGGACUCUGAGGACUCGCUGCAAUCAUGAGGAUGUUGACUCCUUUAAUUCUUGUCCUGACAAUGAAACACCUUUCACACGCAACGGUGGUUCUAGAUUUCAAUCAUGUGGAGAGAUGCAAAGACUCCCUUUAUAUGGGGACUCCUCCGCGGGGGAUCAGCGACAUCAGGCUGAAGAAGAUCUGCCAGCGCUACGCAGACAAGCCUCGAUUCGUUACCCUGUACGAUCCACAAAAGCGGAUCCCCGUCUAUUCGGCUUACACCUUUAAGAAGACGGAGGGAGACAGGCGUGUGGACUACCCUUGGAUGUAUGAGCCGCAGCUGGCAGAACUCGACGGAAAUGGAAACAUGUUGCCCUUUCCCACCGGUUACCUUCACAUGAAGUUUGAGGACAGUCAGGCGGUGCUGGAUGACUACUCUGACGUGGUUCUCUACGAAAGGGGUCACCUGAACCCCGAUCAGCACCAGUCCACCCCGCACGACCGGGCCGCCACCUACACCCUCACAAACGUGGUCCCCGAGAUACGGGAGUUCAACAUCGGGCCCUGGCGCGAGUACGAGGAGCGAAUCCGAGUCCGCCUCAACAACUUCUGCCGCGGAACGGCCUACAUAGUCACCGGGGUGACCACCAGGGGCAACAUGAUCCGGCGCAACAACCAGGACCGCGUGGCCAUCCCGGAGGACGUGUGGUCGGCCUACUGCUGCACCGACUACGACCGCAACUCGCCCCACGACGUGCGCAUCCGCUUCCCGUCCCACGCGGCCUUGGCCAAAAAUGCCAAAGAGGGCAACAGCGUUCACGAGAUGCCGGUGCAAGAGCUCGAAAUCUUUCUCAAAAAUCACAUGGACGUGGACCAGAACUUCCAGCUCUUCUACGACAACUGCAUCUCUCCCUCACCUCUCCCUCUUUACCUGCAACACACCAUAUGAGAGCUCUUACGGUUUCUCAUUUUGGUGAGCAGGGAUUCCUAUCCAUUUCAAGAAAUAUUAGUAGACGUGUGUAAAAAAAUGCUAUGUUGAAAGAAAAAAGGCUUAUUGGUAAUUCUAAAGUAAUAAAACCCUGUUUUCUAUUUAGCAUCCCUUUUAUCGCUCCACAUUCUGAAGGGUGCUUAUUAUGUCGAGAGAAUGAUUUUUAUGCUCGUGACUGGGAUGACAAGAAAAGUUGUCAAAUUAAUAAAACAUCACAAUCUGCUUACCUUCAUCGUGUUUGUAUUUCUAAUACAAAAAACAUAUUAGUGGACAAAAUAAUGAACAUUGAUGAAUAACAACCAUUUUCAACCGGCCGAAAAAGAAUUAACACAAAAAUAUAAAAACAAACCAAAAAGACAAAAACAAAACACACAUCUUAUCCAUUUCCAAAAGCCUCUAGGGCAUCUAAAAUAUGCUCUUGUAAAAUGUUGGCGUGAAGCUCUGAUAGGACUAGAAAUAGCUCUUCCUUAUCAUAUUCUAUGGCAUAUGUGAGUUUGAAUGUUCGGCCAGUUAUAAAAAUUGGAUUUGACUUUUAUGACUGCAUAAUGGGUUUUAGUGUCUUCAAUCAUUUUGUUCAUCUAGAAGUAAUAAAAGUCUUUUGAAUGCAAUAAAAAAAAAAAUCCACAGACAGUCGCAUAAAUCUGUUAAAAAGUUCCCCAAGUUUUCAAGUUUGUAAUACAACACCAUAACCCCUACAGACUUAACAUAUAAAUGUAAUCAUUAAGAGAAAAAAAAGGGGGAAAUAAU